AUGGAUGAAUCACAGGGGCCGGAAUAUUGUUUCCAGACACGCAUCCUCAAACACUUUAAAGGCAGUGCUGCUUACAUUCCUGGCAUGCCAACUAUGUCUUCCCCAAUGGAUAAGAAAUUUGAGUCUGUUGAUAGAUUUGUCUCACGCUACAAUGAGUGUAGAAACAGCUGGGAAUAUGGUGUAAGUUUAGGGAAGCAAGAGUACCUAGGCAUUACAAAAGAGAAUUUUCGUAAGAUUGAUGGGUUGAAAAUACCAAAGGGUGUCAACAAAAAGAGUUUGAUUAAGCCGAGCGAAGACUGGUUCGAGGAACAUCCUGAUUUCCGUAAAGAAUGGGAGAGCAAAAUGAGAAGUUUGCGUAGAGGAGAAGAAAUCAUCGAGGCCAAGACGCUUAGUGAUGCUUUUAUGAACGAUCCCGAUUCUGGAAUGAUACAUGUCACCCAGCAUCGAAGAAACAUGGGCUCAAAAGGAGUUUUAUAUUUUCUAGAGCCUACAUUAGAAAGCGGCCCUAGUCAACCAGUGCUUCCACCCAGUCGAGCUCAACAGAGUGUACAGCCGUCUCUGAAUACUGCUGGCUUCUUAUUGGCAAAGCCAAAUCCUAACCCUGAUCUUCAAAGACACAGCAAACUCAGCGACGAUCCCAUCAAUCCCACUACAUAUUCUGGGAUGCCCUCUCAGACCCCCGACAAUGGCAACCCAUCUUCAACCACCCCAGGUGCAACUACAAGACCGGCUUAUGGUGAUAAUAGCAGUACAGAUGGAUGGACCAACCGAUAUCCAUGA